GCGCCCUGCAGCCCUCUGCUUUAAAUCCACGGUGCACACGCAGUAGCAGGAGUUAUACGCGCGCUUUAAACAUGCAGUUGUCUUCGGUCUCUCCCAAACUGCUCCUGCAGCUCUGCAUCAGCACCAUCCACUGCAUUUUUGCGCGCUUCUUUUCCAAAGUUUGUUCCUGGACGGCUGGAGCCCGCAGAGGAAGCGCCUCGGCUGUCUCAGCUGCUGCUGACAGCAAACCAAACCGGAGUGAAGACCAGGACGCAACGACUCCAACCAGCGUCAACUAUCACUUUACGCGCAAAUGUAAUUACAAAUGUGGGUUUUGCUUCCACACCGCAAAGACGUCCUUCGUGCUGCCUCUGGAGGAAGCCAAGAGGGGACUGAAGCUUCUGAAGGACUCAGGCAUGGAAAAGAUCAACUUCUCUGGAGGGGAACCCUUCCUGCAUGAAAAGGGAGACUUUCUGGGGAAGAUGGUUCAGUUCUGCAAGCAGGACCUGCAGCUGCCGAGUGUCAGCAUCGUGAGCAACGGCAGCAUGAUCAAAGAGAAGUGGUUCCAGAAAUAUGGUGACUACCUGGACAUCCUGGCCAUCUCCUGUGACAGCUUCGAUGAAGACACCAACCAGCUGAUCGGCAGAGCUCAGGGCAAGAAGAGCCACCUGGACAACCUCUACAAGAUCCGCACCUGGUGCCAGCAGUACAAAGUGGCGUUCAAGAUCAACUCGGUCAUCAACACCUUCAACAUCGAGGAGGACAUGACGGAGCAGAUCGUGGAGCUCAACCCCGUCCGCUGGAAGGUGUUCCAGUGUCUGCUGAUCGACGGGGAGAACGCAGGAGAGGCGGCGCUGAGGGAGGCAGAGAGGUUCGUCAUCAGCGACCAGCAGUUCCAGGAGUUCCUGGACAGACACAGCGGCGUCUCCUGCCUGGUUCCAGAGUCUAAUGAGAAGAUGAGGAACUCCUACCUGAUCCUGGAUGAAUAUAUGCGUUUCCUGGACUGCCGAGAGGGAAGGAAGGACCCGUCCAAGUCCAUCCUGGACGUGGGUGUGAAGGAGGCCAUUUGCUUCAGUGGCUUCGAUGAGAAAAUGUUUUUCAAGCGAGGAGGAAAAUACUUGUGGAGCAAAGCUGACAUGAAGCUGGAGUGGUGAAACGUGGCACCGCUGACGAUCUGCAGCUUAUUUUUCUGGAUGUUUGCACUGAUAAUUUGUACAGAAUGAAGAUUUUUCUUUAUAUUUUAAGCACUAAAGAUCAAUGAAAAAUGUUACGACAUGUUAUACUGAAGGUAUAACGUAUAAGAAGUGUUUUUGUAUUUGAAAUAUGUUUUAUGUUCUUGCAUAGCGACUGCAAAACACAAUGAAGUCUAUUGUUUCCGUGACCGCUGGAUUUAAAGUUUCAUUUGUUGUCAUCUCUUUAGGGCAGAUCUAAAACUGGUCACACUGGUUUUAGUUUUAGUCAUGAACUCAUUUACAGGAAAUUGAAGGAACCUUUCAGUUCACCAGCUGAUGUGAGAAUUUAAUAUGCAAAUAAACACGAGAGAAGUAGGAAUGUUUAGCAACUGUCUCAGGAUUUGUGUUUGAAUUUACUCUCAAUUCACUUUGAUUCUUAAAACCAGUUUUACACAGAAGGCAUUCCCUUAGUUUAUUAUUUAAUUCGAGUUUUAUUAAUUCUUUUAUAUUUCUUUGCUUAUAUGUAGUUUUUUUUUUCUUCUCAGUGUUGAAUGACUUUGAAACUAUUUUGGAAUUGCGUUGUCAUUGUGUUGUUAUAAUGCUGUUUGGAAGUUUGUUUUUGAAAGAUGCAAUAAAAAUACAUUUUAUUAUAA